AUGAGAUUGACUGUUUCCAAUGAAAUAACGGGUCAGUUAUAUGGACCUGUAGAGUUGAGUGAUGAUACAGAUUUAGCAGAUCUAGUAGCAUUACUUGAGUUAGACUGUCAGUUUGAUUCUUCUAAAAAUGAUAUAUACCAUCAGAUGAAUGUAUUAGAUCUCAAAAAUGAUUCAGAGAGAAGUGUACAAGAUAUAGGACUUAAAGAUAAUGAUUUAUUAUUAAUUAAAAACAAGUUUAAUCGUGGUCCACAGAAUUUAUUCCCAAUAGGAUCUGAAAGUAAUACAAAUUUAACAGAUGAACAAUAUGUUGAACAAUUCAGACAUGAAUUACAAAGAAAUCAACCAUUAAGACAACAAUUAGCUGAACAAAUUCCUGGUUUAAAUGAAACUAUUGAAAACCCACAAACUUUCUCGGAUAGUUUAGGUCCUUCCAUUUUACAAAGACGUUAUCCAAAUAUGUUAAAUUAUCCACAAACUAAUCCAUUUAAUAUACCGCAACAAGAAUAUAUGAAAUUAAUGCGUGAUCCAGAUUUACCAGAGAACAAAAAUCGGAUAGCUGAAUUGAUUGACCAACAAGUAAUUGACGAACAACUUAGAAAUGCUUACGAAUACACUCCAGAAGUCUUCACAACUGUAACAAUGUUAUAUAUCAACUUAGAGAUUAAUGGUACCCCUGUGAAGGCUUUCGUCGACACAGGUGCUCAAAUGACCAUUAUGUCAACUGGGCUUGCAGAAAGGACAGGACUAACAAAGUUAAUCGAUAAGAGAUUUAUUGGUGAGGCUAGAGGUGUUGGUGUAGGUCAAAUUAUCGGUAGAAUACACCAAGCUUUGAUCAAGAUUGAAUCUCAAUUUAUUCCAAGUAGUUUUGUCGUCCUUGAUACCCAAAUCGAUUUAUUAAUUGGACUGGAUAUGUUGAAGAGACAUCAAGCUUGUGUAGAUCUUAGAAGAAACGUUCUAAAGAUUGCAGACACAGAGACGGCAUUUUUAGGUGAAGCUGAUAUUCCAAAAGAAUUUGGAUCAUCUGCAACUUUAACAGAAUCAAACCCUUCAUCAAACAAUUGGAAACCGAACGAACCAAAUAAUUUUAAGAAUAUUCCUGUACCACAAAUGAUGGACUCAAGUAGGACUCCAUUUGCAGGACAUCCACAACCACAACAAACUAACCAACAAUUUGGUAACAACAAUAAUACUUCUAGUGUACCUCAACCCUAUCCACCAAAAGUAAUUCAGCAACUAAUGGACCUGGGAUUCUCGAGAACUGAAGUCAUCAAGGCAUUAAACAUGACCGGAGGUAAUCCUGAAUUUGCUGCCUCUUUAUUGUUUCAAUGA